AUGAAAUUUCUAUCAUCGUCUCUGGUAAUAUCACUGGCCGUCCUCCUUCCGGCGGCGGUCUCCGGCGACUGCACCUGCGAGCUCGACGGGGACGAAGCGGGCGGCGGCAGCAGCGGAAGCCUCGCCCUCAAAUACAAAAUCGCCGCCCUCGCCGCCAUCCUCGCCGCCAGUGCUGCCGGCGUCUGUCUCCCGGUGGUGGGAAAGACGGUGAAGGCCCUGAGCCCUGAGAGGAGCUUCUUUUUCGUGCUGAAAGCGUUCGCAGCCGGCGUGAUCCUGUCGACGGGGUUCAUCCACGUGCUGCCGGACGCCUUCGAGAGCUUGAGCUCGCCGUGUCUCGACAACCGGCCGUGGGGCGAAUUCCCGUUCGCCGGGUUCGUCGCCAUGGUGGCGGCGAUCGGGACGCUGCUGGUUGACACCUACGCCACGUCGUACUACGGGCGGCGCGAGGCGGCGAAGGGGACCCCGCCGGUGAAGGACGGCGUCGGCGGGGUAGAUGCCGGCCUGGUGCCGGUCCACACGCACGCGACGCACGGCCAUACGCACGGAGCUAUGUCGUCCGGAUCUGGCGAGCCUGAACUCCUACGCCACCGUAUCAUCUCCCAGGUUUUGGAAGUCGGCAUCAUAGUCCACUCGGUGAUAAUCGGGAUAGCAUUAGGCGCCUCGCAAAGCCCCAACACAAUACGGCCCCUCAUAGCCGCAUUGAGCUUCCACCAGCUUUUCGAAGGCAUUGGCCUCGGCGGAUGCAUCACGCAGGCCAAAUUCAACCCCCGAGCCGUGGCUAUAAUGGCCGCCUUCUUCUCCCUAACCACGCCUAUCGGCAUAGCCAUCGGCAUCGGGAUUGCGAGCGUGUACAGCGAGACGAGCUCGACUGCCCUCAUCGUGCAAGGUCUUUUCAACUCCGCAUCGGCCGGGAUUUUGAUUUACAUGGCGCUUGUCGAUUUGCUUGCGGCCGAUUUCAUGGGAACUAAAAUGCAGGGAAGUUCCAAGCUCAGGCUGGGUGGCACUGUUGCUCUUCUUUUGGGUGCUGGGUGCAUGUCCAUUUUGGCCAAGUGGGCUUGA